UGGGGGACGGGACCAACUGACCGUGUCCUGGGAAAUUACCCUUGAUUGUGAAAUCGUGAGGUAGACUGGCAGCCCAAGUUUGUUUGACCUAUUGGGCUUUCCAUAGUAGCGGACGCCCUUUCCACACACACCAAUCCUAGUCCAGCAAAUUUUCACAUUGAACUGUGCUGCACCCACUCCGUCGUUUGUUAACUCUUUUCAUGCCGGUUAUGAGGACAGGGCUCUGACGCCGUUACCUAAGCCACAGAUGUUUGUUCAUAUCACAUCGCUUUACCUCACAACGGAAGGGAUGAUUUUCGGAUUAGAGAUCAGACAUUAGAUCACCCGAGAGACGCAGCGAGCACCGAGAUAGAGAAGACCCUCUCCCUGCCUGCGACUAUGGAGUCCGCCUACGGAACCCGGACCCUCAAUAAGAAUGAUGUCAACUACAAACAUUUUCGCAUGAUCAAUGAGCAGCAAGUGGAAGACAUUACCAUCGACUUCUUUUAUAGGCCUCACACGAUAACCCUAUUAACAUGUACCGUACUAAGUUUAAUGUACUUUGCCUUUACAAGGGAUGACGGCAAUCAGGAUAAUAACCUGUGGAUUGGCCUCAUCGUGGUCGUGUCGUUUUUCCUGGUCAUCAGCGUCCUUGCCUUCCCCAACGGCCCCUUCACCAGACCCCAUCCGGCAAUAUGGCGCAUCGUCUUUGGGUUGAGUGUCCUGUACUUCCUCUUCCUAGCCUUCAUAAUGUUCCUGAACUGGGGUCAGGUGAAGCAGCUCAUGUUCUGGUUCGACCCAAACCUGCGCUACGCAGCCCGAGAGGCUGACAUCAUGGAGUAUGCGGUGAACUGUCAUGUGAUCACGUGGGAGCGGAUCCUGAGCCACUUCGACAUCUUUGCCUUCAGCCAUUUCUGGGGGUGGGGCAUGAAAGCCCUACUCAUCCGCAGCUACGGCCUCUGUUGGACCAUCAGCAUCACCUGGGAACUCACUGAGCUGUUCUUCAUGCACCUGCUGCCUAACUUUGCGGAGUGCUGGUGGGAUCAGGUGAUUCUGGACAUCCUGCUGUGUAACGGCGGCGGGAUCUGGAUGGGCAUGACUGUGUGUCGCUUCCUGGAGAUGCGCACCUACCACUGGGCCAGCAUCAAGGACAUCCACAGCACUACGGGAAAGAUCAAGCGUGCUGCGCUACAGUUCACCCCCGCUAGCUGGACCUACGUUCGCUGGCUUGACCCCAAGUCCUCCUUCCAGCGUGUCGCGGGGGUCUACCUCUUCAUGAUCAUCUGGCAGCUGACAGAGUUGAACACCUUCUUCCUGAAGCACAUCUUUGUGUUUCCAGCCAAUCAUCCCCUCACAUGCGGACGCAUCCUUUUCAUUGGGGUCAUCACUGCACCGACCGUCCGGCAGUACUACGCCUACCUUACGGACACCCAGUGUAAGAGGGUGGGAACCCAGUGCUGGGUCUUUGGGGCUAUUGCGUUUAUGGAGGCGCUGGCGUGUGUGAAGUUUGGUCAGGAUCUCUUCUCCAAGACUCAGAUCCUCUAUGUCUUCCUCUGGCUUCUCUGUGUGGCGUUCAUCACCUUUGUGUGUUUGUACGCGAUGGUGUGGUAUGCAGAGAACUACGGUCCCCGCCAGAAGAGUUUUUCGGAGUGCGAGGAUAGCGGUUACACAGAAUCUGAUGACUGGCCAUCAGAGAGUUUGAAAGGAGAAUUUGAGGCUGAUGCGUGCUCAGCUUCUGUACGGCAGCGUUCCACCGGUUCUGAGCGGAAUAAGAGUGUUAACGGGGUGGACAAGUAGCGCUGUGGAGAGGGACCGGCGUCGCUAACGGAGAUGGAGAGAACUAGAGGAGAGAAAAAAUGAAUGAAGGAGAGAUGAAGAGACUCUUUGCACAUUUAACCCUUUCCUGACCACACACACUCUCCUGACCACACACACUCUCCUGACCACGAACUGAGUGGACAAACCUGAGUGGACAAACCCACCGUGGAAAAACGGUAUCACCACACACACACACACACACUAUACAUAUAUAUAUGUAUAUUUGGACAAACAUUGUACAGCUGUAGUAACAGUUACUUGCCAACAUGAACUGUAGAGCACAGU